CUGCGGCAUCGUAUAUAAGCGCGCACCCCUCAUUCUACGCCCCUCUGAAGUUUCGGCGGCGGCGUAGGCAGCGGCGGCGUGCUCGAUCUUGACACCAGGCGCUCGGCUCCGGUCACCCGUCGCUCCACGCAACCAUGUCGAGGAGGAAGACCAGGGAGCCCAAGGAGGAGAAUGUCACCCUUGGCCCCACUGUCCGUGAAGGAGAGUAUGUCUUUGGUGUUGCUCACAUCUUUGCAUCCUUCAACGACACCUUCAUUCAUGUCACUGAUUUGUCUGGGAGGGAAACUCUGGUUCGGAUCACUGGUGGCAUGAAGGUCAAGGCUGAUCGUGAUGAAUCAUCACCUUAUGCUGCUAUGCUUGCAGCUCAAGAUGUUGCAGCUCGUUGCAAGGAGCUUGGUAUCACUGCGCUGCACAUUAAGCUUCGUGCCACUGGAGGCAACAAGACCAAGACUCCUGGGCCUGGUGCUCAGUCUGCUCUCAGGGCUCUUGCUCGUUCUGGCAUGAAAAUCGGGCGCAUUGAGGAUGUUACCCCGGUUCCCACUGACAGCACUCGCAGAAAGGGUGGUAGGAGGGGAAGGAGGCUGUAGGCGUCUUCUCCUGGCUAUUUGCCAUCUCGUGGCACAGGCCAUGAAGAAACUAGUCCUCUCUGGGUAGUGUUGCUGUUCCUAUGCUUGUCAAGAGGAGCUUUAAUUUUGCUCUAAGUUGAGGAUCAUUUACCGUUAGUCGAACCUGUGAUGUUGCAUGGAUGAUAUUUUGGUUGAGGAAUUGACUUGCCAUAUUUAUGCUAAAACGUGUUUGCACUCUAGAACCGUGUGUUAGUAAUGUACCUGUUGGAUGUCAA